AUGACGGAGCCUGAGAUCAACAAUGAAGCAGGGGAGAAGCCUGUGGCGACACUGAUCGAAUCGACCUCCCCCGAUGGCGAUAGAGGUCAAGGUGAGCCCCUGACGGAGAAUCUCGUCAAGUCGCGGUUCGAUGAAAUGUCCCUUGGCCGGACUGUCUGGGUCUUUCGACGCGUCGCUCUGGUCUCGCUCGCUGUCUAUACCGGCUACGUCUGCGAGGGUUUCGAACUCAAAGCAGGAAACAGUAUUGUUGCCAAUGCCGGAUUUAUCAAGCAGUUUGGGAACAAGAAUGCCUCGGGCGUUGCCGCACUGGAUGCUACUUGGGUGUCCACCUGGAGCUCUCUCCUCAAUGUCGGGCAACUGGUUACAUUGACCUACAUCUCCUGGUUCGCCGAAAGGUUUGGUCGCAAACCAUGCUUCUAUCUUGCUUGGCUCUGGCUGGUUGUUGGGUGUGCUUUUCUCAAUGCGGCGAAAACACCAGCUAUAUGGGCCCUAGGAAAAUUGUGCAAUGGCGCAGGUGUCGGUGUCCUUCAGAGCAAUGCAGGCAGCAUCAUCAGCGCUGUUAUGAUGCAGCAGCUUAACGAGUCUCACCCCGACAACUAUAUUACAGCCGUGCGAAUCAUCUGGGCCCCAAUUGGACUAAUGAUUUUCUUCUUUAUCUUCGUUCCAGAGUCGCCCUGGUUUUAUGUCCGCCGCGGAGAUAAGGAGAAGGCGAUGAAGUCUUUGAGGUGGCUCUAUGGUAAUGUUGAGGGCUAUGAUUUUGAUGAAGAGUAUAACAUUAUCGCCAAAACCAUCGAGCACGAGAGGGAGGCGUUAGCAGCAGAACCCAAGUAUAUUCAUCUCAUCCAGGGCGUCAACUUGAAACGUACCCUUACCAUUACUCUGCUCGCCGUUAUGGGCCAGCUCGGUGGUAUUACAAUCAUCAAUACGUAUUCCACAUACUUCUUUUCGCUGGCCGGCCUGAGCGACCCCUUCCUCGGCACAGUGAUUAUUUCCUGUUGCAACCUCCUCGCCGUCCUUAUAUGGGCAUUAAGCACUGAUUUUAUUGGUCGUCGACUUCUCAUGAAUAUUUUCGAGACUAUCGUUGUCGUCAUUCUCUUCGUCGUUGGUGGUCUAUGGUGGACAGGAGCGACGACUGGCAACGCCGCCGCCAGCCACACCUUAUUGGUCAUUUGCUGCAUAUGGUCUUUUGCAUUCACCUUCAACUCCAUGGCAUACUACCUGAUGGCGGCUGAGAUUCCUUCUGCCAUCCUCCGAGUCAAGACCGGCCCUGUCUCAUUCUGCGUCGGAUCAGUGCUAGGUAUCGCAACUGGCUAUGCCGCCCCACCCAUGCUCCUGGCCUUGAAUCUCAAGUCCGGGUUCGUGUUUGGUGCUUUCUCAGUGCCUGUCUGUAUCCUUAUGUGGCUUUACAUCCCCGAAACCAAGGGUCGGUCUGCGGCUGAGAUAGACGAGCUCUACGAACGCAAAAUCCCGGUGUGGAGAUGGUCCAAGACUAUCACGUCUGCCGAGGAACAAUUGCACGCUGUUUUAUUGAAAAAGGGGGGCGUCGACUAA